AUGUGGGGGUUUCAGGUUAAAUAGUUUGAUCCAGAUAAUAAGGGUUAUUGUGGGUCCAUCAGGUUAAAGAAUGUUAAACAAUAAAUUGCAAAUCAACAGCAGAAUAACUCAGUGGAAGAGAUGCAGCAAUAUCUUGUUAGAUUAGCAUGUGAAGUCACUUUCCACUGAUUCACUAUCAUUAUCAAUAUCAAUAGGUCGAUCGUAUUACUGUGGAAAUAGCCAAAAAUGUUGGCUAUUAAUUUUUCAUGGCCAGCUUCUUGUACCACAAUUAAUUAAGUCACUAAAUAUCAUGAAAUCGUUCAUUUUACAGGAUAUAUUAACAUGGUUCAACUGAUGUCUCCCUCCACUAUCUGAUGUCUUCUCUUCAUUCUCAUUUAGGAUCUGCUGCUGUCGAGUGCCAACACAAAAUCAAGUCUCAUUUGAAGAAGAAGUUCAAGUGUGUGUCUGAGGGACUCCCUAAAGCAGGAGAGCGAACAGGUCUGAAUGACUUCUACACAGAGAUCUUCAUCACAGAGAGAGGCAGUGGAGAGGUCAACAAGGAACAUGAGAUCAGACUGAUGGAAACCGCUUCCAGGAAACCAGCCAAGGAAGAAAGACCAAUCAGAUGUGAGGACAUCUUUAAACCCUUACCUGGACACGAUCAACCAAUAAGAACAAUGAUGACAACUGGAGUGGCCGGUAUUGGUAAAACCAUCUUAACACACAAGUUCACUCUGGACUGGGCUGAAGGCAAAGCCAACCAGGACAUACACUUCACAUUUCUCCUCACUUUCAGAGAGCUGAAUUUACUGAAAGGGAAAGAGUUUAGCUUGGUGGAACUUCUUCAUCACCUCUUUAUUGAGACCAAAGAAGCAGGAAUCUGCAGAUUCGACCGGUUCCAAGUUGUCUUCAUCUUGGAUGGUCUGGAUGAGUGUCGACUUCCUCUGGACUUCCUGAACAACCAGAUAUGGAAUGAUGUCACAAAAUCAACCUCAGUGGACAUGCUGCUGACAAACCUCAUCAGGGGCGACCUGCUUCCCUCCGCUCGCAUUUGGAUAACCACACGUCCUGCGGCAGCCAAUCAGAUCCCUGCUGAGUGUGUUGACAUGGUGACAGAGGUGAGGGGGUUCACCGACCAACAGAAGGAGGAGUACUUCAGGAAGAGAUUCAGAGAGGAGACACUGGCCAGCACAAUCAUCUCCCACGUCAAGAAAUCACGAAGCCUCCACAUCAUGUGUCACAUCCCAGUCUUCUGUUGGAUCACUGCUUCAGUUCUGGAGGACAUCUUCAAAAAAUCCCAGAUCGAAGAAAUGCCCAAGACCGUGACUCAGAUGUACAGCCACUUCCUGAGGGUUCAGUCCAUACAGGGGGACAGGAAGUACCAUGGGAGGGCUGAAACAGAUCCAGACUGGAGCUCAGAGAGCAGGGAGAUCAUUGUUUCUCUCGGAAAACUUGCUUUUAAUCAGCUGGAGAAAGGGAACCUAAUCUUCUACGAGGCAGAUAUGGCAGAGUGUGAAAUCGAUAUCAGAGCAGCCUCAGUGUACUCAGGAGUGUUCACCCAGAUCUUUAAAGAGGAGUGUGGGCUGUACCAGGGCAAGGUGUUCUGCUUUGUCCAUCUGAGCAUCCAGGAGUUUCUGGCUGCCCUUUAUGUCUUUAUGUCCUUCAUCGAUACUGGUGUCAAUCUGCUCUCAGAAGAACCACCAACCUCAAGGAAAGAUAAACUCCUCCUCUACCAGAGUGCUGUGGACAAGGCUUUACAGAGUGAGAACGGACACCUGGACUUGUUCCUCCGCUUCCUCCUGGGCCUCUCUCUGGAGACCAAUCAGAUUGUCCUACGAGGUCUGCUGGGACAGAAAAAAAGAUCACUGACCACUCAGAUUAAAACAGGUCUGCUGCGACUGAAAGGAAGUAGCUCACAGACCAUUAAGGGAACAGUAUCUUACAUCAAGAAGAAGAUAAAAGGAGACCUAUCUCCAGAGAGAAGCAUCAAUCUGUUCCACUGUCUGAAUGAGCUGAACAACUGUUCUCUAGUGAAGGAUAUCCAACAGUAUCUGACAUCAGGAAGUCUCUCCGGAGAAUCUCUCUCCCCUGCUCAGUGGUCAGCUCUGGUCUUCAUCUUACUGACAUCAGAAGAGGAGCUGGACGUGUUUGACCUGAAGGAAUACUCUGCUUCAGAAGAUGGUCUUCUGAGGCUGCUGCCAGUGGUCAAAGCCUCCAAAACAUCUCUGCUGAUUGCCUGCCGUCUGUCAGAGAUAUGCUGUGAAGCUCUGGCCUCAGUUCUCAGCUCCAACUCCUCUAGUCUGAGAGAGCUGGACCUGAGUACCAAUCGGCUGAAGGAUUCAGGAGUGAAGCUGCUCUCUGCUGGACUGGGGAGUCCACACUGUACACUGGAGACUCUCAGGCUGCAGGGCUGUGAUCUGUCAGAGAGAUGCUGUGAAGCUCUGGCCUCAGUUCUCAGCUCCAACUCUUCUAGUCUGAGAGAGCUGGACCUGAGUACCAACGAUCUGCAGGAUUCAGGAGUGAAGCUGCUCUCUGCUGGACUGGGGAGUCCACACUGCACACUGGAAACUCUCAGGGUGACUGGCUGUCAUCUGUCAGAGAGAUGCUGUGAAGCUCUGGCCUCAGUUCUCAGCUCCAACUCCUCUAGUCUGAGAGAGCUGGACCUGAGUACCAAUGAUCUGCAGGAUUCAGGAGUGAAGCUGCUCUCUGCUGGACUGGGGAGUCCACACUGUACACUGGAAACUCUCAGGGUGACUGGCUGUCAUCUGUCAGAGAGAUGCUGUGAAGCUCUGGCCUCAGUUCUCAGCUCCAACUCCUCUAGUCUGAGAGAGCUGGACCUGAGUACCAAUGAUCUGCAGGAUUCAGGAGUGAAGCUGCUCUCUGCUGGACUGGGGAGUCCACACUGUACACUGGAAACUCUCAGCUUGUCUGGCUGCCUGGUCACACAGGAAGGCUGUGCUUCUCUGGCCUCAGCUCUGAGCUCCAACCCCUCCCAUCUGAGAGAGCUGUACCUGAGCUACAAUCACCCAGGAGACUCUGGAGCUGCGCUGCUCUCUGCUGGACUGGAGGAUCCACGCUGGAGACUGGACACUCUCAGUUUGGAGCACGGUGGAGUGUGGAGGCUGAAACCUGGUCUAAAGAAGUGUAAGUGUCUGUUUAGUCUGAAUCAUCCCGACCACCAUUCUGCUGUUAUAGCAGGCAGCCUACAUCCUAAACGUAUUUAACUUUAUUAGAAACAC